AUGGGCAUUACCAUGUUUGACAAAGCUGUUUGGUCGCCUAAGCCCUGCGUCACCUGCUUAUGCUCUGAGGGAUCAGUGGUGUGUGAUGAAGUCGCAUGUCCAAUUCUGCGCUGUCAACUCCCCUACACACCCACUGGAGAGUGCUGCCCAGUGUGCAAAGACCAUGUUAUAGAGCGAGUAUGUCAUUCCUCUUUAAUCUUUCUUUCUUUCUAUUUCUCAACACUGUCCCUCCUUUACAACACCAUCUUUCUCUCAUGUGUUGCCUGUGUGCAUCAAUGCCAUGACCAUCACAUCACAGUGCUUGAUGUCCCUGACUUUUCUGGCGAUUCCCCAGUGUCCAAUGACCCUAGUGAGCCAGACCUCUGGUUACAGCGCACACCAGCAGAGAUCGAAGAGAUUCUAAGACAAGAGGAAGAGGAACACAGGGAGGAGGAAGAACGUCUUCGCAGAAAAGAUGAAGAAAAGAAGAGGAAAAACAAGAAGAAAAAGAAGGACAGGGAGGCAGCUGAGAGGAAAGCUCGGGAUGAGCUGAGGAAGGCGGAGGAGGAGAGAUGGCUGAGGGAGGAAGCAGAGGCUGCAGAGGAGAGGAGAAGGCGACAAGAGGAACAGAGAAAACAUGAGGAGGAAAGAAUGAAGGCAAUGGAGACAGAACAAAGACUGAUGCUUAAGGCAUUAGAGGAGGCUGCUGAGAGAGCAGCUGAGAGAGCAGCUGAGAGGCAAACGGAUCAAGAGGAGGAGGAAAAUGAGGAAAUUGAGUGGUUGAGGGGUGAUGUCUUUCAAAUGCCCCCAUUGGAACCGACAGCAGUAGGGCUUCCACCUCUCCCGCCCUUAAGUGAACCAGUUGAACCCACAGAUGAAGAGGAGAAUGAUGACGCUGACAGUGAGGAAGUAGUGAUUCAGAGUACACAAUCUCUUCCCAAGGGGUGCACCAUAUCUGAUGUAACUGUUAACUGUGCCAACGCAAAACUCUCCAGCAUCCCACCCCUGUCAAUCCCUGAACUGAAAUCUUUAAGUCUAGAGGGUAAUGAUAUCACAGCAAUCCCAGCGGGGGCCUUUAAUGGUAUUCCCAAUCUGGAAUGGAUAAACUUUGGCAAGAACAAGAUCACAUCUCAAAACAUCGACCCACAAGCAUUCAAGGGCCUGAAAUUACUGAGUCGUUUGUACAUGGAUGGAAAUCUCCUUGAAAAAAUCCCUACUGCUCUUCCUGCAACACUGCAAGAACUGAAGAUCAAUGAAAACAACCUUUGUGAAAUUAAUGAAAACAGUUUUGCGGAACUGCACAACCUGAUUACUCUGGAAAUGGAAGGUAACGUGUUGAGUGAGAGUAAUGUGGAUCCUCAGGCCUUCAUAACUCUGACCGGACUCUCCUACCUGCGUCUAGGCAGGAACCACUUCCGCACUAUCCCCCAAGGCCUGCCCCCUUCGCUGCUGGAACUUUACCUGGAGAACAAUGUGAUUGAGGAGAUAUCUGAGGGAGCUUUCAAUCAGACCUACAACCUGAAUGUAGUAGUACUGAGACACAAUAAGAUUGAUGAGUCUCGCAUUGCACCACUGGCCUGGAUAAACCACAAGACCCUGGAGUCAAUAGAUCUCUCCUACAACAACCUAUAUCUUGUCCCAUCCUUUCUCCCAAAGUCCCUUCUCCACUUAGUGCUUGUUGGGAACAAGAUUGAAAGGAUUCCAGGGUAUGUGUUUGCUCAUAUGGACCAAGGUUUAGAGUACUUAUAUUUGUCCUACAACAAACUGGAUGGUGAGGGGAUCGAGCCGGAGUCCUUUAUUGGCUGCCUCCAAUCCAUGACUGAGCUCUGUCUGGACCACAAUCAAAUCACUAGUGUCCCUAAUGGAAUCAAUGAGAUGACUUCACUACACUUUCUUAGACUCAACAACAACCAAAUAAGGAAUAUUGCUGAGGACUCCAUCUGCGAUCCCAUCAAUGAAGAAGGCUCGCAACUUGUGGCACUACGCCUAGAAAACAACUACCUGGACUUACGAAAAAUUCCACCCACUACAUUCUCCUGUGUCAGAUCCUACUCCAGUGUUGUUUUGAGGCCACAGAAGAUUAAAUAAAAGUGACUUUUUUCACUUGCACUUUCUGCAUCAUCUAAUAGAAUGAUUUCACAAUGAUUUUAAGUGAUUUAUGGCAUGCCUUGAAACAGACUUUCAGACAUUUUGAAAAAUAUAUCUUAACUUGUCUGACACUGGUAACAUUGAGAGCAUAGUAGAUGUACAACUAGAAUGUCAAGAAUAAUUUAGUCUGACCACCAUUAAUAUGGGCAUUGUACAAAAUCAAACAAUCAAACAAAAAUUGGUAAAACUAUA